AUGGAAAUUAAGAAACGAGUGGACUACUUGGCUAAUGCGGCUGAGUUGGAUGACGCAGAGGAGUACGUUCUACCUCGUCUCCAUGACCUGUUAGCUAAGGUGGUCAUGCCAAUUGGUGCGACAACGAUAUCUCCGACUAAGGAGGUGGAUCUGCAGGCACACUUGGAGUUUGAUCAGUCUCAGCUGAAGAAGUUACACAAGGCGUGUGGACUCCUAAGCGAGAGCUGA